UUGAAUGGCUUUUUUGAUCAAAUUUUUACGAAAACAUUGCUGAAAACCGUGAGAAAACACCCAAAUUAUAAAAAAAUGGGUACUGAGUCAGAGAGAGAGCCCCUUGCAUCACAAGAUGUGAACAAGGCACCUACGAUGGUCUCUAAGUUGAAGCCUCCAAGUAAACUACCAAUGUCUUCCGCAAAGAAACCAGCUCCUGGACCAGUGAAGAGGAAGGCAGUUGAUGACCUUGAUCCACGUGAACUCAAAUUCACAAAGAAAUUUGAUGGUGCUGUUGCUGGAUCUAAGUUCCCCCGCCCGACAAACACCUUCGACGGGCGCCCAUCAGCCAUAGGGACGAGGUCUUCAAAGACUACCAAUUUCCUGGACGGGCGGCCGUCAUCGAUCGGUACACGAUCCCAUACAGGUCCAACCAGAAAUGCCACGUCAAGACCUACCGUGAAUAAGACAAGAAAUGCAGCGCCAGUCCCUUCGAGAACAAACACGGGGAGACCAGCAGCUACCCUCAAAAGGAGUGUGUCAGGGCCAGUUGGCACAUCAAGAGGAGCUCCGAAACCACCUGCAGGUGCUGCAAAAGCUCCUUCAGCAGGUGGCGCUGCGAAGAAACGUGCCGCAUGGGAUUACAAGGGUCGCCUCCAAGACAUGGAGGAAAUGUUGGGCAAAAACAUGUCGGCCAACAACAACCUGGUCUCCAGCAUCGAGACGUUCAACUCACGAAUCCAAGCUCUCGAGGCGCAGAAUGCUCAGCUUAAAGGCGACAUCGGUGUCAAAGAGGUGGAGAAGCAUGAAGUGUCGAAAGAGAGGCAAAAUUUGGAAAAGCAGCUGAGGGAUCUUGAACAGGCCACCACAGAAAUGAAGCGGAAACAUCACAACGACUUGGAAGAUCUGCAGAUGUCAAACGGGAGGAUAGAAAGACAGCGGGACACGCUACAGGGUGAAAUAAACGCAGCCACACAGGAGAUCUCCGGCCUUAAACUUUCUCUGGCUCAGCUGACGUCUGCCCAAGCGGGACUCAAUGCCGAGUUCGGGGCUACCAAGAUUCAAUUGGAGCAAUCUUUAGAGUACGGCAGGUUAAAAGACAGUGAAAUCGUUGAACUGAAAGCAAGUCUGGCUGCACAAAUACAGGCGAAUGAAGACCAGGCAUCGAAACUCAUCGAACACGAGACAGAGAGAAGGAAAUUGCAUAAUACGAUUCAAGAGCUAAAGGGUAACAUCCGCGUGUUCUGCCGAGUACGCCCCCUAUUAGGAGAAGAGCUCAAGGACAAUGAAGAUGGCGUCGUCACGCACAUGCACUUCCCCGACGACUGCAAGACACUAGAGAUGGAGAAACUCACCGGAUCAAGCUUGAAUGAUACAAAAAGUAGCGGCAAAAAUGGAAGUAAUGGAAAGGGCCACGACUUUGCAUUUGACCGGGUUUUCUCUCCCGAAUCAUCUCAGGCCUGCGUAUUCGAGGAAAUAUCCCAACUAGUUCAGAGUGCUCUCGAUGGCUACAAUGUCUGUAUCUUCGCGUACGGCCAGACGGGUUCUGGCAAGACAUAUACAAUGGAGGGUAAUGGUACAGAUACAGAGACAAUGGGCAUGAUACCUCGGGCUAUUCAGCAAAUAUUCCACACCUCGAAAGAUCUGGAAAACAAAGGCUGGCAGUAUCUACUGGAAGCAUCAUUCCUUGAAAUCUACAACGAGACAUUACGCGACCUGCUGGGCGAGGGAAAAGACGACCAGAAACACGACAUCAAACUGGCAGGACCAAACAGCAACGAGGUCGUUGUGACUAACCUCACCUUGGUGGACGUGAAGACACAGGAGCAGGUCCACACGCUCUUGACGAAUGCAUCCCAUAAUCGCGCAGUCGCGGAAACCAAAUGUAACGAACGCUCAUCGAGAAGUCACAGUGUAUUCCGUAUGAAGAUCACUGGUAAUAAUUCAGUAACAGGAGAGUCCUGCGUUGGAAACUUGAAUCUGGUCGACCUUGCUGGCAGUGAGCGGCUGAAGGAAUCUGGCUCGCAAGGAGCACGCCUUAAGGAGACGCAGGCCAUCAAUAAGAGCCUCAGCAACCUGGGCAAUGUCAUCAUGGCCCUGGCUAACAAGGACAAUCAUAUCCCUUACCGUAACAGCAAGCUCACACACCUUCUCCAAAACUCAUUGGGUGGCAACAGCAAGACCCUCAUGUUCGUCAACGUGUCCCCGAAAGAGGACAGCUUUAGCGAGACUCUCAAUUCGUUGCGAUUUGCUACAAAGGUGAACCAGUGUAACAUUGGAACAGCUCAGAAGAAGUCAAAGUAAAGGACAAACUUUUAGACUUCCCGCAAACUGCUGUACAUGGUGUUUGACUGUCCACUGAUUUCGUGAGGCUACUGUAGGCCCCUGGCCAGAUACACUCGCAACACCUGAAGUCUACAUAGAAAACAAAACACCUUUACAAAAAAAUGAUAUCUGUACAAUAGGAAAAGAAAACAUCUUUAUAAUAGAUGUCUACAGUCAAAUGCGCUAUUUCCCAACCUCUGGUUGCUCUACGCAUCUGGGAAAAGGGCUCUUUAAUCCCUGUUAAAUGGACUGUCUUUUGGAUAGAAAGUGUAAAUUUUUCCAUUGCUGGAAAUGUAGAUGAUUCUUUGGACUAGGGAGGAUGUUUGAGUGGUGAGCCGUGAGGUUUGAAUACUCCUCAAACUUUGACGAAAUGUUAAUUAUUCAUGGGCACUUCCAGGCACUGUCGAUUGGGUAGAUAUAAGUUGGGAAAACAUCUCAUUCACUGACAAUAUCCGUUACACACAGUGUACAUAAUACACACGGGGUACAUAAUAUCCAUAUUACUGUAAACACUCCUCUACCCCAUCAACAGUGCCUGGAAGUGCCCAUGGUUUAUUAGUAUAGUUAGUAAAGAAGUGUCUGUUUGGAUGGUGAAAGUGAUGUGUUUGUUGGAGAGAGCUUAUGUAUGCGACAGAUUGUGACUUCUGAAAAUACAAGUAUUUUCUCUUUAAAUUAGAAAUGCUUGUAACGUAGGGUGCACUUCGAAAAAUGGAGUGCAUCGGGGAAUUAUCAAAAAGGUUGGGGUAACAGACGAGGCCGAGCGUUCAAUUUCGUUUGAGGUAUAUGUAAUUGUGGAACAUAAAUGUUUGUAACUCCAUCUAUUAGUUAUAACGAGAUGUAGAAAUGUAAUUUAUGCUAGUAUCAUAGUGCACUUGAGAAUGUCGCCAAAUGCUUUUAUUUGUAAAUUUAGACUUUUAGCAGUUUUAUUUUUAUGGAUCGUAGAUGAAAUUAUGCUUCCUGAAUUACAUUGUAACUCAGAAAGUUAAAUAUGUAGGGGUAAUACACAGUACAUGUAUGCUGUCGUACAUGUAACAAUUGAGUUAUCGCAAGCCUUCAAGCAACAUUUGAAGUCAAGAGACUGAAGAAUGUCGCUAAAUGUCCUUGGAAGAUGAUUUGGAGACAUUACUAAGUGUACAAUCAACCAAUUCAUAGUGUGUCUGUGGGGGGAGCUUGAGCUUACUGCCUGUAUAGUCAAAAAUAAUUUAAAGGUUAAAAGAAAUUGUUCAUGUAUCUCAUUUCUGUAUAACCAUUGUAACAAAACGAUUUCGAAACACUGCCACGGAUGAGUGUAUUUUCAAGUGUACAGCUUAUGAAUUUUAUAUUAAACCGAUUGUAAA